AAUAUAAAUAUUAAUAUUCCCUUUCACUCUUUUUCAUCACUUCUCCAUUUCUUCUCUUUCUUUCUCUAGAAAUUCAACCCAGUUCUCCCAUGGCGGUCCAAUUCAGCCCAUCUUUUCCAGAUUAUUCUGAGAUGAUAAUGGCGGCUAUAGAAGGAUUAAAUGAUGAAAACGGGUCGAGUGAAGAAGCAAUAACGGGUUAUAUUGAAUCGAAUUACCCAGAUCUCCCGCCAACUUACACCACACAUGUGUCUUACACGCUUGAAAAGCUGAAACAAACGGGUCAAGUAGUGAUAACAAAUGAGGGUUAUUAUGCGCUUAACCCAGAUGGUUCUGAUGAGCCUAAUAAUGGAAAUGGGCCGGUUGUUAAAAGAGGACGUGGACGCCCACCAAAGCCCAAAGUACCUUUACCUUCUGGAGUGGUCCCAUCACCUGCUAGGCCCAGAGGUAGACCUCCCAAGCCUAGAGAUCCACUUGCUCCGGCAACCCGACCCGUUAAAACUUCUUCGGGUCGGCCACGUGGCAGGCCUAGGAAGUAUCCUAUAGUUGAUGGUGGGUCCGGUACCGUUGUUGCUGCUUCUCCAAUCGACGGUGUUAAGAGAGGAAGAGGUCGUCCUAAGAAGAAUAUUUAAUUAUUAAUUUUAAUUUUAAUUAGUGGUUAAUUAACUUGAUUAGUUGGUAAUUUGUUUGCUAGGAUUGAAGAAAUGAAGGGUAGGAUUGUAAAUUUGCUGUGAGAAAUUUGAAAAAAAGGGGAAAUUAUCAAUUAUGUUUGUUGUUGUUUAUAGCCUUUUAAAUUAAAUAUUGGGAAAAAGGUAAAGAAAAAAAGUAACAAAUGAAGGGCUAUUUUAUUGAUUACAAUUUGUGUUAUUAAUUUAAAGUUAUUGCUUUGGUUUCUUAUUGGUAGAAUAUUUUUUGAAAAGAGAAAAAAAAACAAAAACAAAAAGAGGCCUUAAGGCAUGCUUAAGGAGGUUUAAUUUUACUAUUUGAUUAAUCUUUUCAAUUUUUUUUGCAA